AAUGGAGACCAACAGCAGCUUGUCUACCGACUCAGUGCCUUCAGCAGCCUUGCUACAGCACUUAGAUGAGUACUUCCCCAAGUUCUCACCUGAGAUCACCAAGAUGAUAUGCAAAGCGCAUGGGCUCUCCACUAAAGACGAGCGCGUGCACGCGCUCUUCUCUAUUGUAGUGGAGAUCUUCCUUGAUAAACUCUUCUGAUCUCCGAGUUCCAGCUGCAUCUAUGAUGUUGAUAAUAGAAACAAGAAGGACUUGAAGACCCAUUUGAUCUUUAGUGAGCUCGUCGAGGUGCUUAAGGAUUAUGAUAUUGACACGGAGUUUGUAAAUAGAUUCCAUCAGCCUAAUGAAACAGGGUUCGAACAGUAGAAGGUGAGAUGGAAGAAAAGCAAGAAAAUAUAAUUUUAUUAAAAAGAUAA